AUGGACUUUUUCAAGCAAGCUGCCGAGAUAUACAAUGGUAGCAGCAGCACCGAGCACAAGAAACAAUCGGACAAGGAGUCAUUACUCACCAAGGCAAUGGAGGCGGCCGAGAAGUAUCAUGCAAAGGAAAAGGCCGCCGAGUUUGCGCAGAAGCGAGUCGCCAAGCGGAAUGUGGACCAAAAGGACAAGUCGCCAGUUGACAAGGCCGUAGAAGCGGCUGAGGACUUUCUCGCCAAGCAGGGCCAGCCCAAGUCUCAUCACACUGAUGAGAAAAAGGACAAUCAAAUGGGUGACAUCUUAGCCAAAGUUAAGGAAGUAGCCACGAACUACUCGAAGAAGCACUAA